ACUAAGCAAAAAAAAGUGGAACAUUCCACUAGAGAGUGUCGUGGAUUUUUUCUGCUAAAAGAAUACCGUUCUAAUGUUGAUUAAUCACAUUCGAAUCGACAUCAACACAUGUAUCACUGACAAUGAGUACAGAUUAACAUCACUUCCUUUUUUACCAAAAACGAAAAUCCGCUUAUCGCCAGUAUAGCAAUAAAAUCGCGGGUGUUUACCGAUGAUUGAGUGGAUAUUUACAAAACGGCGGGACAUAUUAGUGGCGUGGGAAAACUGGCAGUUCCGUUUAUCUUACGUCCGACUAAAAUUUCCAGUUAUAGAUUUAGCAACUAAAUGAGAGAACAGUUAUGUUCAACUUGCGCAGCGAUAAACAACAAUUUGUAGUGGUGCGGCAAAACUAAAAACAAUAGACUCUUUCGUUGAAACGACAACGAGCUGAUUAGCCACUUUGAUUGAAUGUCAGCAACAGCAAUAGCGCUAAACCUAUUGGAAUAUCAUCAUCAAAUGCUACACGCAAUCGAUCAAAAAACAUGUAACGCAAGGGAGUCAAAAUAUUUAGAACGACAACAACAACAGCAACUAUUACAAACAGAAAUGGCAACUAAGCAAUUCGCUUUGUAUGAAAUUAUAAAUGAUACGGUCUUAGCAUUGGUUCAAUCCACAACCCUAGCCGAGUCAAGCACAACGCCAUCAUCCGCAUUAAAUGUUUCCGCCGUCUCCAUUGCUGGCAUCGGCACAUCGACCAUUUUUUGGGUCACAUGCAACAUACUCAUAAUGAUCUGCAUAGUUGCGGGCAAUGCACUCAGCAUAUUGGCCAUUACCACGUGUCGGCGCUUGCGCAGCUUAAUCGCAAAUAUUUUCAUACUAUCGCUCGCCGUAUCGGAUUUUGGAGUUGGCCUAUUGCUACCCUACCACAUCGCCUUCUAUUUAGGCUCAAAUCUCGGACAAUCGAAACUUUUUUGCGUACUGCGAUUCGUUCUCAUCAUUUUCUCCUGUUGUGUCUCCAUAAUGACACUCAUUACAAUCGCUGUGGAUCGUUAUAUAGCAAUCGUAUAUGCGUUGCACUAUAGGCGGUUCAUGACACGCCGCGUAUCUUUCCUCAUUAUCGCCUUUAAUUGGAUGGCAGGUGCGACGGUGGCCAUCAUACCGGUUUUCAGCAAUCGCUUCAAAACUGCCAUUGAAUGUGAAUUCUAUCAGGUAUUGCCCAUCUGGUAUAUGGCUGGUGUCAUAAUACCGGGCUUUGUGUUGAUCUGGUUAUUCAUGCUCUUGAUUUAUUGGCGUAUAAUGCGUGAAGCCGCAAAGCAAAUGGAACCAUCGCGUUGCAAUCGUGAAAUGAAGAGACGCUGCAGCAAAAAACUGGGACGCCGCAUACCAGAUUGGAAGUCUAUGCAGAUUGUUGUUUUGAUAAUGGGUUGUUUCUCCAUUUGCUGGCUCACUUAUUUCAUUGUCGUCUGCUUGGAGAUAGUAAAAGUGUACAACAUAUCAUUGGUGAUAUACAAAAUGGCCUUCUCUUUAGCCAUGUUCAAUUCAGCUAUGAAUCCAAUUAUAUAUUGCUGGAAGAAUAAGAGUUUUCGUCGAGCUUAUUGGCGUUUGUUGCGUUGCAAAAAUCCGAAUCAUAAUAAGCCGAAUGCUAUGGAUUUGAUAGCGUGUAGUGUGAAUUCAAUACAAAGUUUACCGCGACGCAACAGUACAAUUACAAUAGCUGUUAUCCCGAUGCCCACGGCAGCACCGAUCAAAGGAAUCGGGCGCCUGAUCAACGAGAAAGCAGUUGCUAGUCAAGAACAAAAAUGA